AUGGAACAUAAACAAAGCUUGCUGGAAUCAGUUUCUGUUUCGAGAGUUAUAAAUAGAUCUUAUGUAGAACCUGUUAUAGAUUACACCACUUUCAUCAAAAAUGUUAACCAGUCAGCUGAAGCUUCUAUUCCGAAAUAUGAAAACAAAAAUAAUGUCAAGGAAACCAUGGUGGACCAAUGA